ACUGCAGACAUAGUACAGGAGAUGAGCAGAGACUGCAGACACAGUACAGGAGAUGUGCCCAGAGACUGCGGACAUAGUACAGGAGAUGACCAGAGACUGUGGACAGUACAGGAGAUGACCAGAGACUGCGGACAUAGUACAGGAGAUGACCAGAGACUGCGGACAUAGUACAGGAGAUGACCAAGAGACUGCGGACAGUAGUAUAGGGGGAUGACCAGAGACUGCGGACAGUACAGGGGAUGACCAGAGACUGCGGACAGUACAGGGGAUGACCAGAGACUGCGGACACAGUACAGAGGAUGACCAAGAGACUGUGGACAGUGCAGGGGAUGACCAGAGACUGCAGACA